UACCCCCGGUCUUCGCCCUUUUCAGUUCUUGCACCACAAUCACAACCACACGCCCUCCAGCUUUUCUCUCCGAUCCCAACACACAAAACACACUACGAUCCCCAGAAAUCCUCCCCGGAACCCUAAAACCCUCGAGAAGAGAGAAAGAGAGGGAAGCUCCCGAGACUUCGCUCCCGCGAUCGAGAAAAUGGCGUCGUAGAAGGAGGCGGCGGCGAUGGCGUCUUCCAAGUCGAGAGAAUCGGAUCCGUCUCGUCGACUCUCUCUCUCCUCCUCCUCCUCCUCUCUCGCGAACCCCGUCUCCACCUCCGAUUUGUUGACCAGGAUCGACCGCGCCAACAGCAUCGCUAACGGCAGCUCUGCCAUGACCGCCCGCAACGCCUCCGCCCCGUCCUCCGAGUCGACCCUCCUCGAUGCCUCCGUCGCCCCCGCUGAACCCCCCGCGCCCCUUGCCGCCAGGACCGUCGACGACGUGUGGCGAGAGAUCGUCGCUGGCCAGAGGAGGGAGUGCAAGGAGGAAAUGCCCGACGAGAUGAUGACUCUGGAGGAUUUCCUGGUCAAGGCGGGCGCUUCCGUGGGCGUGGAGGAGGAGGAGGAGGAGGAGGACGUGGAGGUGAAGGUGAAGGUGAACCCCGCCGAGAGGAUGGGCAGCAUGGGCAGCGGGGCGUUCGCGGUCGAUGCGAUGGCCCCGAGCACGAUAGAGACAGUGGAAGGGUCUAUCGUAGGGUUUGGGAAUGGAGUGGAUUUGAUCGGGGUAAGAAGAGGGAAGAGAGGGGCGUGUGUGCUGGAGCCGCUGGAUAAGGCGGCGCAGCAGAGGCAGAGGAGGAUGAUCAAGAACAGAGAGUCCGCGGCGAGGUCUAGGGAGAGGAAGCAGGCAUACCAAGUGGAACUGGAGUCCUUGGCUGUGCGACUCGAAGAAGAGAAUGAGCAGCUAUUGAAAGAGAAGGCUGAGAGGACUAAAGAAAGGUUCAGGCAGCUCAUGGAGAAAGUGGUUCCCAUUGUGGAGAAGCCGAAAACAGCUCGGGUUUUAAGGAGAGUUCAAUCAUUGCAGUGGUAAAACGUCGUGCUUAAAAGUGCCAGAUGGGAGAUUCAACCUUCUCUGCCGUGGGAAGGGUGGAAAUGAAGCAUCCAUAUAAUUAUUUUCGAAUUGGCUGCUGUGGCAGUGGCAUUGGCAGUGGCUUUGCCCAUCAAAGAGAAAGGAUUUUCUCCAAGACAAAGGUAGCAUUAUAUAUAUGAGAGAGAGAGAGAGACGGUAGCUACAUGCAGUCUGCUAGAAAAUUUCAAAGUAGCGGGCAUUAGAGUUUAGAUAAGUACUAGAUUUUCAUGAGUUCUAUUUGGUCUGGAGAGACAGUUGUGAAGAUAUAAUCCGUUAGAUUCAAAUUCGAUUAUAUGAAAGGUCUGUAAAGAUUUGAAUGUAGUCUGUGAGGACGACCCCCAAUUUUGCUUUCUAUUAUGGAAGUCCAGCUUUCCUGA